GUAACAUUGUGUGUAGUUUUUGUGGGAACAUUUAAGUAGAAAUGUCGUCCUCUCUUAACGAUUUGUUUGAGCAGAUUAUUAAUUCGGAACGAAGAACACAUGAAAGAAAGAGCUAUUUACAAGAAGUUAAAAACAAGAUACGACAAAAAGAUGCAGACAUCAUUCAAUUAAAACAAGAGAAAGAAGUACUACGGAAGGAACUGGAUGUUAAGGUGGCCGAACUCAACAAAGUCGAAGUAUAUUUGACGCUGAUAAACAACAAGAAAGAGAUUCUCCUGAAUCAAAAGUCUCAGUUCCAGAAGGAAAGACAAGGAUUGGAAAAUCAACUGGAACACCUAGAAGAGGAGCUGUUUAGUUUGAAUGAGAAAUUUUGUUCCGAUGUAGAGACAUUUGUCACCGAGUUUGGACUGCUGGGUAACGGUGCCGAUCAGCGAAGAGAGGAAGCACUUCGCCAACUGGCAGAAUUAUCGGAAGAGAAAAGCAAACUGCAGCAAGAUAUUCAGGACUACGAGGAACGCAUGAAGUCUCUAAGAGAGCUAAGAGACAGAGAGACAUGCCUGAUGGAUUUACUUCAAGAUACCAAGUCUCAACACUUAGAACUAUGUGAAAAGGUCGCUGAAGAAAAACUGAAGUUGGUGAAGCAGGAAGAAGAGAAACAAAAAAUUCAGCUGCUGCCAACGACGGAUGUAGAAUUCAUCAGACUUCAGACAGAGUUAGACUCUGCCAAAGAAGAGGAUCUAGAGGGAACGUGUCACCGCCUACAACAGCAAGUUCAGAAUCUACAACAACAGUUGUGGCAAAGAAAGGUCAAGGACAGACAUCAACAGAAACACCAGUCACCAAACCAGACCUAUAUACCUUCAAAUCAUCAGCAAACAGCAAGACAGCAUCCGACUUCUCAAACAAAAGCAACCCACCAGAAUGAAGAUGUACCGAUUGUGUCAACAAGUAAUCGUAUUUGCGUGUCCAACUUCACCAAGGCUUCAUCAGGGACUGACCAACCAGAGGAUGUAGUUAUAGAAGAGCUGAAAGUAGACAACUUAGACGACAUAUUUGAUGACGAGCUUGUACACCUUCCUCAGCAGAACAACAUUCCACCUGUGAAAAAACAAAUUUUUAGAAAAGGCCAUUCCUCAAAAUGAUGAGACAAAUUAUAGAUAUCCGCGUAAGGACUAAGCCACAUCUCUCUACAUCCCUGUUUAUAAUGUAAAUAUGUAUAUUACAAGUGUAAAUAGAAUAGUAAAAUAUGGCUUUUAACUUGGAAGUUGCUGGUUAAAAACAAUUGAAACGAUUUAUAAGAGAGUAUUAUUUUAUGUUAAAGUCUAGUCAUUACGUAUGGACGUUUUUCUUGUUUUCUUAUACACAGAGAGAUAAAUAAAUAACUGAUUUACU